CAAGCUAUGAAAUCAGUUGAUAGAGGAAAAUAUGUGAAAUACGAUCCGUACCGCGAUUCACCUCAACAAAUAGGUUAUGGAGCUACUAUUUCUGCACCUCAUAUGCACGCCCACGCUUUGGAAAAUUUGACUCCUUUUUUGCGACCUGGCAUGAAAGUUAUCGGUAUAGACCAUAUUCCUCAACUCGUGAAUUUAGCCAAAGAUAAUGUAAUGAAUGAUCGACCGGAACUUUUGGAGUCCCAAAGAGUGAUAUUUGUACUUGGAGAUGGCAGAAAAGGAUAUCCGGAAGAGGCGCCUUAUGAUUGCAUCCAUGUUGGAGCUGCCGCUGAAAAAUUACCUCAGGAUUUGAUUGAUCAAUUAAAAUCACCCGGACG